AUGAGCCGCUGGCCGCAGUGCCAGGGCGACCCCAACGGCACCGACCCCGGCGCCAUGCGGCAGCGGGGCAACGGGACGGGGCGGGCAGCGGAGGGCUGCAGCACCGUCUCGGUGGCGUUCCCGCUGACCAUGAUGAUCACGGGCAUCGUGGGCAAUGCCCUGGCCAUGCUGCUGGUCUCCCGCAGCUACCGGGCCAAGAAGAGCCGGCGGAAGCGGUCCUUCCUGCUGUGCAUCGGCUCACUGGCGCUCACCGACCUGCUGGGGCAGCUGCUGACCAGCCCCAUCGUCAUCUCUGUCUACCUGUCCGACCGCGCCUGGGACGCUGUCGACACCUCGGGCCACCUCUGUGCCUUCUUCGGCUUCAGCAUGACAGUCUUCGGCCUCUGCCCGCUCUUCAUCGCCAGCGCCAUGGCCGUGGAGAGGACGCUGGCCAUCCGCGCGCCCCACUGGUACGCCAGCCACAUGAAGACGCGGGUGACGAAGGCGGUGCUGCUCGGCAUCUGGCUGGCCGUGUUCGCUUUCGCCCUCCUGCCCAUUGCCGGCCUGGGCCAGUACACUCUGCAGUGGCCCGGCACCUGGUGCUUCAUCAGCACCAGCGACAGCCAGCUCACCGGGAGCCUCUUCUUCGCCUCCACCUUUGCCAUCCUUGGGCUCCUCUCCCUCGUGGUGACUAUGGCAUGCAACCUGGCCACCAUCGAGGCCUUGGUGUCUCGUUGUCGGACCAAAGCGACUACAUCACGCUCCAGCAAGCAGUGGGGGCGAAUCGCCAUGGAGACACUGAUCCAGCUCUUGGGGAUCAUGUGUGUCCUCUCAGCCUGCUGGUCACCGCUGCUGAUAACGAUGUUGAAGAUGAUCUUCAGCCACACAUCCUUUGAACACUGCAAGGGAUUCUCCAGUGAAGCCCAAAGCUCAGAACUGCACAAGGAAUGCAAUUUCUUCUUGACAGCUGUGCGUUUGGCCUCGCUAAACCAGAUACUGGAUCCAUGGGUUUACCUGCUACUCAGAAAGAUCCUCCUCCAGAAGUUCUGUCAAGCAGCCAACGCUGUCUCCAAGUGCUCUAACAAUGAGUGGAAAGAGAGAUCAAUCACCUUGUCAGAGGAAAUCCAACGGACAACGGCAUGA